CGAGUAAGCCCCAACGCCACAUCUGCGCGAGAUGCCAGGGGAUGCCAGGCACCAAUGCAACCCUGGCGUCUAAAAUUUGGAGUGCCCGACCUGGCUGAGGCAAAUCGACUCGGCCGGUCCAUCAUCCGGCUGCAAGGCGCGCUUUGCCCACAACGGCGACACGAUGGGGGCCGAUAUGUACUGUGCCAUCUGCUGCGGGCCGUUUGGCAACGCCACGGUUGGUGUCGGGCGCUGGACAUACAUCUGGCGCCAGCAUCAUCUCCGACAGCCGUGGGACCUCGAACCGGUCCACCCCCAGCACCUGCCCGGCGCGGCUGAUACCGGGCACCACUGCGGCGAGGGCUCCGCCGUGGAGACGUCCCAGGAGGACAGCGGCGAAGACUACAACUACGACCCUCACGUCAUCCUCGACGAGGUCGAGCACGGCCAGGUCCGCUGGGUGUGCGAUGUCUACUUGCUUGGGUUUGAUGGGAGCCGAGCGGCCUUCUUUGGCCCUGGCUCCCACGAAGAUUUCAGCUUUGUGAACAUGGACGCGGAGCUCGACCCGUUCGGGAAUGCACAGGAGAGUUGGGAGUGCUACACCGAUACUAUGCAGCAAGAUCCGUGCUAUCCGUUCCACAAGCCCUGCUACGACGUCCUCGCCCGGGCGCUCACCGGCAAGAAGCAGAUGACCGAUGCGGAGGUAGACCGUCUGUACCACGUCAUGAGGAAGUUGGGCGAGGAUUGCGGCGUGUCGUUAGACCUCGACUACCGGUUGGACGGCCAGGAGUACGAGCAGUUCUGGGUAGUUCAGCGCGGCAAGGAGUACACCGUAACUUCGCCCGCUGAGUCCCCGGCCGUCUCAGCGCACUUGCAAAGCGUCCUUCAGUUGGAGCGAUUCCGUUGCAGCUCGGGCGAUGCAGCAACGGUUCCAAUGCCGAGAGGGCAGGACUUGUUUCAGACUCUGCCACCAGAAAUCUUGCACAGCGUCGCAGCAUACCUGGACAACGACCAGCUCCUUCAACUGCUGACGGCAUCGCGACAUGCAAGCGCCGCGAUUCGCCACGACAAUUGGUUCUGGGGACUGCGCAUCCAAUCCACCAUGGCCUGGUUCUUUGAACUUCUGGAUUACCUAGACCAGGCCGACUCGGGUGCGGUUAGCGACUUCGAUCUUAAACGUGUCUUUGUGUGGGCAAACGGGAUCUCUAGGGGACAUGUCGGAAUGAAAGGCCUGUUCAUGGUGGUUGCCAACCGCCGUCGUAUAUGGGAGACGUCCUGCGCAGCGAUCCGACAAGAAUAUGGCACUACGCUCUAAGGUAUAGUAGGGCAGGCGAGCUGCAGUCAGUCGUAGCGAGUUGCGAGAAGACGAAACUGAAAGGCUCUUCGCAGCCGGUAUUGCUCGCCAGUCAUGGCACGAGAGGGCUGCUGAACCGGCAGCAUAGGCUUUUGGCGCAGGAGUCCUUGCAAUCCUAAUGUGGUACACCUGCGCAUGCAAAUCGUUCCGGGCCCGCCAAAACUGCAUCGGGACUCUCUAUCCCGGUCAAUCUGGGGCAAUAACCUAGCAAAAUUGGCCUGCUGAGGCACACACGGCAGCUCCAACCUAUCAGCGUCUGACCUGGCCGGAGUCCUGCCCAGCGCCGGCAGAACCCCGGGGCUGGAUGGACGGGCCGGACGCCGACUUUGUGGCGGGACCGUCAGGCGACCUGCUUUGACGGCAGGUCUGGGCGCCUGUGCCUUGCUGCUCGCAGCACGUUCCGACUUCGUUGUGCUCGGGU